AUGGACCAAUCACUAGUCCUAAACACAUUCAUACUACUAACCCUAGCAACCCUGUCCACCCCAAUCAUCUUCCCCCUACUCUCAACCAACCUUAAAAACACCCCCACCAUCAUUACCAACACAGUAAAAACCUCUUUCCUUAUCAGCCUAGUCCCUAUAACAAUCUACAUCCACUCAGGAACGGAAAGCCUAACUACCCUAUGAGAAUGGAAAUACAUUAUAAACUUUAAAAUCCCUAUCAGCCUAAAAAUAGACUUCUACUCCCUCACAUUCUUCCCAAUCGCCCUAUUUGUGUCCUGAUCUAUCCUACAAUUCGCAACAUGAUACAUGGCCUCAGACCCCUACAUCACAAAAUUCUUUACCUACCUCUUACUCUUCCUAAUCGCAAUGCUCAUCCUAAUCGUCGCCAACAAUUUCUUUGUCCUAUUCAUCGGCUGAGAAGGAGUCGGAAUCAUGUCCUUCUUACUUAUCAGCUGAUGACACGGACGAGCAGAGGCCAACACCGCUGCCCUCCAAGCCAUUCUAUACAACCGAAUUGGGGACAUUGGACUCAUCCUAUGCAUAGCAUGACUAGCCUCCACCCUAAACACCUGAGAAAUCCAACAAAUCCCCGCACCCUCUCAAACCCCUACACUCCCCCUCCUAGGUCUGAUCCUAGCCGCAACAGGCAAAUCCGCCCAAUUUGGCCUCCACCCCUGACUUCCAGCUGCAAUAGAAGGGCCAACCCCCGUAUCCGCCCUACUCCACUCCAGCACAAUAGUAGUCGCCGGAAUCUUCCUGCUUAUCCGAACCCAUCCACUAUUCAACAACAACCAAACCGCCCUGACCCUCUGCCUGUGCCUCGGGGCCCUAUCCACAUUAUUCGCAGCCACCUGCGCUCUCACUCAAAACGACAUCAAAAAAAUCAUCGCCUUCUCAACCUCAAGCCAGCUAGGCCUUAUAAUAGUAACAAUCGGACUAAACCUCCCCCAAUUAGCCUUCCUUCACAUCUCAACACACGCAUUCUUUAAAGCCAUACUAUUCCUCUGCUCCGGUUCCAUCAUCCACAGCCUCAAUGGUGAACAGGACAUUCGAAAAAUAGGAGGACUCCAAAAACUAUUACCAACAACUACCUCAUGCCUAACCAUCGGCAACCUAGCCCUAAUAGGAACCCCAUUCCUUGCAGGCUUUUACUCAAAAGACCAGAUCAUCGAAUGUCUUAACACAUCCUACCUAAAUGCCUGAGCCCUCUUACUAACACUCCUAGCCACAGCCUUUACUGCAGUAUAUACCAUCCGCAUGACCAUCCUCGUACAAGCCGGCUUCGUACGCAUCCCCCCUCUAACCCCAAUAAACGAAAACAACCCAGCAGUAACCUCACCCAUCACCCGCCUGGCCCUGGGCAGCAUCACAGCCGGAUUCAUCAUCACCUCCUUCAUCCUCCCAACAAAAACUCCUCCCAUAACAAUACCACUGUAUAUCAAAAUUACAGCCAUAGCCGUCACAGUCCUAGGCAUCCUCCUCGCCCUAGAAAUUUCAAAAAUAACCCAAACCAUAAUCCUCACAAAACAAGGACCUUUCUCAAACUUCUCCACAUCACUAGGCUACUUCAACCCCCUAAUACACCGCUUCAGCGUAACAAACCUACUAACCGCAGGCCAAAACAUCGCCUCCCACCUAAUCGACCUUUCCUGAUACAAACUCCUAGGCCCAGAAGGACUAGCCAACAUACAAACAAUAGCAGCCAAAGCCGCCACCACCCUACACUCCGGACUAAUCAAAGCCUACCUAGGCUCUUUUGCCUUAUCCAUCCUCAUUAUCCUCAUAUCCAUACACAGA